CCGCAAUUCCUCAGGUACCGACAUAGAUGCCCUAGUAGCCAAUACUGCAUUCGACUCGACGACGGCAUCAUACCUUGAGACUUCGAGAUACUUGACUAUAUAAUACUUCUCCCUUGGUAGCGCCUGAGUAGCAGCCAUGUCAACAAUAACCCCCGAUGCGCUUCAGUCAGGACAGCCGCCCGUCAUUCCCCUGUCCUUCAAUGGUAAUCAACCCGAAAAGGUGACGCUCUACCCACUGUCGAACUACACGUUUGGAGUCAAGGAAACCCAGCCUGAAGAGGACCCAUCAGUCAUCGCUCGUCUCAAGAGACUCGAGGAACACUACACGGAACAUGGGAUGCGCCGCACUUGCGAAGGCAUUCUCGUCUGCCACGAGCACAACCACCCACAUAUUCUGAUGCUGCAAAUCGCCAAUGCCUUUUUCAAGCUCCCCGGAGACUACCUGCGCCCCGAAGACGAUGAGAUUCAAGGCUUCAAGUCGCGGCUGGACGAGAGACUGGCGCCUGUCGGCCGCUUGGGGGAGGGUGAGGAAGCUGGUGACUGGCAAGUGGGUGACUGCCUUGCUCAGUGGUGGAGGCCUAACUUCGAAACGUUCAUGUAUCCGUUUAUCCCGGCGCAUGUGACGAGGCCAAAAGAGUGCAAGAAGCUCUACUUUAUUCAGUUGCCCAAACAAAAGGUUCUAAGCGUUCCCAAGAACAUGAAGCUUUUGGCCGUUCCUCUAUUCGAACUCUACGACAACACUGCCCGAUACGGCCCACAGCUUUCUGCAAUUCCCCAUCUUCUCAGUCGAUACAACUUUGAGUUCGUGGACGAGAAUGGCAACGUCGUCGCUGCCACACCAGGGUCUGCCGCGCCAGAGGGCUAUGUUCCAUACACAAAAGUCUUGGCAGGCGCCGAUACGGACAUGAAGGAGGAGAAUGGAACAAGCUGAUCCCCCUAUAGGACCGCGGAGACACGGCGAUGGUGUUCGGCGUUUUUGGUUGUUUGCUCGUAUAGAAAGGACGUGUAAAAGCUCAAGUCUAGGUUUUCUCUUUUCUUUCCCUUUUCUAUACAUCUAAGUCCCACU